AUGAGAGCAGGUAUAUCUUGGAUCGCAUCUGAUAACGUACAUGCGGUUUUCAAGCCACCAUCGUGCAGUGCAGUCCUGCAGAAGCUGGCCCCAGCCCAGAUCCAGCCACAGUCUAUUUUUGGGAAACGACCAAAUACGCCGCUCACGCGUACCCGACGCAAUACAGCUAGGUCAUAUAGGUCAUCAGGAACAUCUUUGAUAGUAAAGGGGGUUCAAAUGUCUUCAAAUGCCAAGACAGUACUUGUGCCCAUUGCUACUGGUUGUGAAGAAAUGGAGGCGGUGAUCAUCAUCGAUGUGCUCCGUCGUGCUGGUGCUGAUGUCACUGUAGCAUCAGUCGAGGACAGUCUUCAGGUUGAGAUGUCUCGAAAAGUGAAGCUUGUGGCGGACAAGCUCAUUGGAGAUGUUUCUCAGGAGUCUUUUGAUGCCAUAGCACUACCGGGUGGCAUGCCCGGUGCAGAGCGCUUGAGCAAGUCUGCAGCACUCCUGCAGAUCUUGAACGAGCAGAUCAAGUCUGGGAAGAUCUGGUCUGCGAUCUGUGCAUCGCCUGCAGUUGUAUUUGAGAGCCAAGGAUGGCUCAAGGGCAAGAAGGCUACUUCUCACCCGGCAUUCAGUGAUAAGCUCGCCGAUCAGAGUGAAGUGCCUUCCAGGGUCGUGGUAGACGGCAACCUCAUCACCAGCCGAGGUCCUGGCACAGCCUUUGAGUUUGCCCUCACGCUUGUAGAAAUGCUGUACGACAAGGGGAAAGCUGAGGAGGUGGCUGGUCCGAUGGUGAUGUACAAGAGAGAUCGUGCAAAGGUUGCUUGA